AUGGAUGGCAGGGUGGUGAAAAGACCGCCAAAACGCAAAGAAGACCGAAUCAUUCUGCAGUUUGACUAUGACUGCUUCUACGCUCAAGUUUGUGAGAACAAAAACCCGGCUCUGAGGUCAAAGCCGCUUGGCAUAAAGCAAAAGAACAUUUUGGCCACCUGCAACUACAAUGCACGUCGCCAGAAUGUCAAGAAGCUGAUGCUCAUCUCCGAGGCGAAGAAGAUAUGUCCCGAUCUCGUGCUCGUAGACGGCGAGGAUUUGACACCGUUUCGCGAUGUCAGCAAGAUUUUGUUCAAUUUUCUGAGAUCUCAUUCUUGGAAUGGCAAAGCGGAACGGCUGGGGUUUGAUGAAGUCUUCUUAGAUGUGACGGAUAUCAUCGACUACAACAUGUCGUGUCUUAACCGAGCCUCAAUGGCCGAGUCGUUCUUUUACCUAUCCAAUAAGGACCCUGAACUAGGCUUUCCAUGCGACUUAACCUCUAUUGCAGGCUGUGUUGCUGGUGUCACCGUCGAGGGCGUGGAUUUAGAGAGCCCUACGUAUCUGAGACACCUUUUGGGCUCCCACUUUGCACAAUACUUGCGACUAAAGCUAGAGAAAGACUUUGGUUACACAUCGACUUGUGGCAUCUCUACUAAUAAACUCCUGAGCAAACUUGUCGGCAGCAAGAACAAGCCGAGUAAUCAGACAACGCUGCUUGCUUUAACCGAUGAUGAUAUCGUGAGCUUUGUGGAUGGGCACAAGCUUCGCAACAUUGCAGGAAUGGGCUCCAAGAUCACACACCUGCUUGAAUCACACAUCAUGUCCAAGGAGCUUGAAGAUACUGGUCCCUUUGAUUCUCACGUCACGGCACGAGAAGCUCGUCUCCAUCCAACCAUAUCACCGUCCUUUCUUGAGGUGCUUUUGGGCGGGCCGGGCGCGGAAAGAGGUAUCGGAACUCGAGUCUGGGGUUUUCUUCACGGCGUGGACCCCACAGAAGUUAAAGAAGCAAGCGAUGUCCCUUCACAAAUCAGCAUUGAAGACACGUACGGAGGUCUUCAAACGAUACCCCGAAUCACAGAAGAGCUUCAUAAGUUAUCGUGCUCUCUGAUCCGGAGAAUGCGAGUAGAUCUUACUAUCCUAGACCACGGCUCAGAUAUACCAGGCAGUCAAAAAUGGAUUGCAAGGCCAAAGACGCUUCGCCUCUCAACUCGAUCGUGGCCGAAGUCGGAUGCCUCUCAAACUCAAAACUCCAGCCGUGUGUCUCGGUCAGGACCGUUACCAGGUUUUGUGUUUGACCUAAAGGCUGACAUUGAUGAGAUUGCUCAGCAGCUAGUCGCGGAAGCGCUAUUGCCACUCCUUCGCCGCUUACAGAGUGAAAAGGGUCAGACGUGGAAUUUACAACUGAUUAAUAUCUGCGCUGCAAACAUGGUUGCCGGAGCUACUGAUGACAAGAUGGGAGCGGGACGAGACAUUGCAGUCAUGUUCAAGAAGCAGGAUGAAGUACUUGCCCCAUGGAGGAUUACAUCUGAGGCGACCGACGAAGAUGAGAAACCUGCAGAAGACGAAAUGGGAGACGCUAUAUCUGAAGAUUUAGAUUCUGACACAUCUUGGGAGGCUUCAGAUGGUUCCAUUUGUGUAAUCUGUGGCCACUCUAUACCAUUGUUUGCGCUGCCUGCUCAUGUGAGGUAUCAUGAGCUGGGCGAAUGA